UACGACUACAUCAUUGUCGGAGGUGGUGUAUCAGGCUUGGUAGUCGCAAACAGACUAUCCGAAAGGUCUCAGAAAAGCGUUCUUGUCCUCGAGUAUGGAUACAAUGACAACUCAACCAAAACCCUGUGGCCAUACUACGGCACUGGCUACAAUGAUCCUGACAUGUUCGAGAUCAACUCGGCCCCUCAGGAGAACCUUCAGAAUCAGACCUUCGUGGCUUAUGCAGGCAAAGUUCUUGGAGGUGGUUCUAUCGUGAACGGUAUGGGAUAUGACCGUGGCACUCAACCUGAUUAUGAUGCUUGGGGUGAGCUCGGUAACGAUGGUUGGAACUGGAGUAAUCUGCUCACCUACUUCAAGAAAAGCAGUACCUUCACCCCGAACAAGCAGGGUACUCUCGACAAGUACAACUACACCUACGACCUUUCAGCCUAUGGUAGCGGACCUGUUCAAGUCUCUCUUCCCGAGUGGCAAUACCCUGAGAUGCCUACUUUCUGGGAUGCCAUGGACGAGAUGAACAUCAACAAAGUGCAAGAAGGUGCUCUCGGUGAGCCUGGUAGCUUCUGGGUUGCUGCCACUACCGACCCAAAGUACCAGACGAGAUCUUCUGCUCGCACGGCCUACUACGACCCUAUCGCCUCUCGUUCCAACCUAAAGGUUGUUACCGGUGUUCAGGUCCAGGAAAUCGUCUUCUCUACUCUGACUGCCAAGGGUGUCAAGUUACUUGACAGAGAUACUGGAAAGACAUAUACCGCUUAUGCUGACAUGGAACUCAUCCUCGCCGCCGGUGCUAUUCACACUCCUCAGAUUUUGCAGCUUAGCGGCGUCGGUCCCGCCAGCGUACUCAAGGCUGCUGGAGUUAAGGUCAAGGUUGAUCUUCCUGGUGUCGGCAACAACUUCCAGGAUCAUCCUACAGCGUACUUGAUGUACAACUUCAAUAACGACACGAUCCCCAACACCAACUCUUUGACAAACAACGCUACUUUCAACGCCACCUCUUACGACGAGUACGUUACCAACAAGACCGGACCUUAUACUCAGGCUCAUGGUAACGGUGCUGCCUUCCUGCCUCUUACGAAGAUCGCUCCCGACUUUUACGAGUCGAUUGUGGAGAAGCUUGGAGCCCAGAACGCCACUGCCUACCUCCCUGAGAUGUACUCUGCUUACCCUGAAUUGGUCGCCGGCUACGAAGCACAACGCAAGAUUCAGAUUGAGCAAUUCAGCUCUGAUGCCGCUUCCAUGUACGAAUUUUCAUUCCAGGGUGGUGGUUUCGCUAUCACUGCUCUCCAGAAGCCUACCAGUAGAGGUACUGUCUACAUCGAUCCUACCAACCCCAGUGGUGAACCAAUCGUGGACUACCACGGUCUUCAGAACCCUGUUGAUAUGGAUCUUCUGCUUGCCAGUAUCCGCUACACUCGUCAGAUCUACAACACUUCUGCACUUUCUGUCUUUGAGCCUGUCGAAAUUGCUCCUGGUGCACAAUUCCAGACUGAUGACGAACUCAAGGCACAGAUUGCUUCUGGUCUUGUUUAUCCCACCUUCGCCCAUCCUGCAUCCAGUUGUGCCAUGAUGCCCAGAAACAUGGGUGGUGUUGUCGACUCUGGCCUGCAGGUUUAUGGCAUCAAGAAGGUCACCAUCGUCGACGCUUCCAUCAUGCCUAUGAUCCCCGGUACCCAUCUUCAAGCAACUGUCUACGCUGUCGCUGAGAAGGCUGCCGAUAUUAUUAAGGCCAGACAUGGCGCUUAGAUUGUUUUCUCUCAUAUGCUGUGCGGCUGGAGCACAUAUUUCCGCUUCUCUGAACCAAUAAUAUAGCUCUUUUGCAAUUCGCACUCUUUUAAUGAUCUGAGGAACAUGUUUCGAAAAGAUUGGGAUAUUAUCUAGACAGCUGAGUAGACAUGGUCUUGAGUGUCCACUACGAGUCUCCAAUUAGGGCACAUCAAUCAAAUUCGAACUCUUCCAAGCG